GUUCACUCUCUAUCCAUCUCAUAUUGCCAGUGCCCCGGUGCUCUCUCCUGGGAUAUGCAGCUCUUUCAAGCAGGCUUGUUUCCGGCAUCAUUCACCAGACCAAAAACUGCAUUCACAUUCUCUGUCUUGGACGACUUUCUGCUAGACAACCUCGAAUGUGGUACAUCAGCCAUGAAUUACUACAGUAAGAUCCGGAGGCUGACCUUAAGCAUAUUUUCAUUGAUGGUUCUGGUCAGUUUUCAUUCUCUGUACUCAGAUCGCUACAGAGAACUUAUGAGAACUGCCAGGAAGUGGCGCCAAUGCAAGCUUUACAAGUGGCAUGGGUUUGCUCACAAAGAUGGUGAGCCAAAGGCCAGUGAUCUUGCCCUAUUUUGCCCUGCAUGUCCACAACCAGGGAUAAACUUGGACCUGUUGACCGGUACAUCCACCCGGCCGGACAACACACCUUCAUGGCUCUUCACCAGGACUUUAGUCAUGGAUGGUAAUUUCAAAGCCGAGCACCUCCAUCCAGUGAAUCCAUCUGAUGAAGUAUCAUUGAUGGAUGGUCUUGCAUUCAUGGUUGGAGAUGAAAGAUACAAGAGUCAUUUAUGUAUUGCCCAAGACCGUGUCCAAAGGUCAGAUUGCAACAAUCACCAUGCAGUCAAUCAAGCAAACACCUCCCGGCAAAAGCUGGAGGCCACUGGUAUAGGAGGAUGUGCAUGUGCACGGCACAGAUGUUUUGUCCCACAUUCCAUGGUGGAUUUUCAGAAGGGUGAAAGGUGA